UUAGAAAAAGGAGCUGUACUUACUGGUUCAGUCCUUCAGGAUUGCUUUUAAAGUGAAGAAGAGGAGAAACGCAAAACACCUUUCAGUCUGGCUGGACUCCCUGUUUACAAAAACGAGAUGGAGAUGCCAUUAAGCACAAAAGGGAUUGCUGUGAGCCUGCUUCUCUUUGUAUUAAGUUUGGCAGAAGCUAUUGAAAUUCCGCUUUCUGUGCGGCAGCUUCCAACUAUCACAGAACAAUCAACUACUGAAGUUGCAUUCCCUUUUGAUGAAGAGUUUACAAUCAAGUGCAAAGCGAAAGGAAACCCGCCACCAACUUUUAACUGGACAAAAGAUGGAAAACCAUUCGACCUACUAAGCGACCCGAGGAUACUUCCAUCCAACAAUUCGGGAACUUUUGUUAUCCGAAACCACGGAAACAUAUCCGCUUUCCAAGGAAAAUACCGCUGCUGUGCCCUUAAUGAGCUGGGAAUGACCAUGUCAGAGGAAAUUGAACUCAUUGUUCCAGGUAUUCCUAAAUUUCCUAAAGAGAAGAUAAGCCCUAAAGAUCUGGAAUAUGGUGAUUCAGUGGUCUUGCACUGUAACCCUCCCAAAGGAAUCCCACCAUUACACAUUUACUGGAUGAACAUUGAUUUACAGCAUAUCCCCCAAGAUGAAAGGGUCUCCAUGAGCCUUCAGGGAGAUCUGUACUUCGCAAAUGUGGAUGAAAAUGACAGCCGGAGUGAUUACUGCUGCUUUGCCGCAUUCCCAAGACUGAGGACAAUAGUACAGAAAAUGCCAAUGACAUUGACAGUUACACGCUCAAAACAUGCUAAUGAUUCCAGUUCACCUAGUGCUACUGCGGCCAAUUUAAUCAAGGAACGAAAACCAAGACUUCUUAUUCCUCCUGAGUCUUCUGGCCGCAGCUCCGAUGUGACUGUUAUCAAAGGAAACGAUCUUUUUCUGGAAUGCAUCGCUGAAGGACUCCCUACACCACAUCUAACCUGGAACAGAGUAGACCGAGGAGUGAUAGACAAUUAUGGGAAAGUAUUGAUGGUAGAGAACGUCACUCCAGCUGAUGGAGGGAGAUACACAUGUAUAGCUAAGAAUGCUUUGGGAGAAACAAGACAUGACUUCAAUGUUCACGUUGAAGAGCCACCUUCGUGGGUAGAGAAACCACAAAGUGGAGUUUUUGGUAUCGGUGAAAAUCUUGUAUUGUUGUGUAAAGCUAUCGGAAAUCCUGAGCCAACUAUAAAGUGGAAACGGAAUGGUUGGCCUCUUGGUGAUAUGAAACCCAGCAGGGGUAUUAUUACAACAAGGGAGAUCAGUAUUACCCAACUACAGCUACAAGACAGUGCAGUGUACCAGUGUGAAGCCACCAACAAGCAUGGGACCAUCCUUGCCACAGCUAAUGUGGAUGUCCUAGACAUUACACCAGAAUUGCUAACUCCAGAUGGCGAAGAGUAUGUCGCUGUUGUUGGUUAUCCGAGUUACCUGCACUGUCAGUUUUUUGCUGUUCCUGCUCCAGAUGUGACUUGGACAAAAGAAGACAGCUUAUCACGUCUUGACAUGCCAUCUUAUUAUCAGUAUCCAAAUGGAACCCUAGAGAUCAGAGAAACGAGGAAGACAGAUUCUGGGUCUUAUUCUUGCUGGGUGACCAAUUCUGUUGGGAAAAGUGCGAUCAUUGCUACUCUUACCGUCAGAGAUGCUACAAAAGUUUCUGUGAUACCUAAGAAUCCACAAAUUUUGAAAUCACAUUCAGUUGAAUUUAAAUGCCGUGCUGAAUAUGACUCACAUUUGAGACACCAUUUUAAAAUAUCUUGGCGAAAAGAUGGAGAAGAGCUUGACAUGAACAGAACAGAGGAGGGCAGAAUCAUUAUUGAGAGGGACACGUUGUUAAUACCAAGUGUGGAACUAGAAGAUAAUGGAGUGUACACCUGCGUAGGCAGUACAUCACUUGACAGUGCCAUAGACGAUUCCCACUUAACUGUCCUCCAUAUCCCCGACCCACCAGAAGACCUCUACCUCUCGGAGAAGCAGAACAGAAGUGUUAGAUUGUCAUGGACUAGUGGAAACAGCAACAACAGCCCAAUUAAUGAAUCUAUUGUGGAAUUUGAAGAGAACCGAUGGGAGCCCAGAAAAUGGCAGGAACUAAUCAGGAUCCCAGGGAAUGUUACUACGGCUGUUGUGUCACUUGCCCCUUUUAUAAAUUACCAAUUCCGCGUGGUCUCUGUUAAUGGAGUUGGGAGAAGCCGGCCCAGUGAAUCAUCUGAACGAUAUGAAACACCACCUGCUGCUCCAGACAAGAACCCAGAAAACAUUCGAGUUGAAGCUUCUGAACCCCAUGAGAUGAUCAUGAAAUGGGAGCCCCUGAAGCCCAUGGAGCAAAACGGACCGGGGAUGGAGUACAAAGUAAGUUGGCGACGACAGGGCCUUGAGACUGACUGGAAUGAAGAAACGGUGAAAAAGCAUUCCUUGAUACUGAAGAACACCCCAACCUUUAUCCCAUAUGAUAUCAAAGUCCAGGCGGUGAACAGUCUUGGGUCUGGCCCUGAACCCGUUGUCAUAACUGGCUAUUCAAGCGAGGACAUUCCAGAAGCAGCACCAUCCAACGUUAUUGUGCAAGUCAUCAACAGUACUCUGGCUAAAGCCAUCUGGUCUACAAUUCCAAAGGACAGAGUUCAUGGGCACCUGAGAGGUUAUAAGGUCAGCUGGUGGAAAACAAGAAGCCGCCUGGAUGGGAAAAACCAUCAUCCCGAGAAACGUUCCCUGAUGUUUAAUGCAGACCGAAAUGAUGGAAUGAUUCCUGGUCUGGAGCCAUUUAGUGAAUAUCGCUUAACUGUUUUGGCUUUUAAUUCCAAAGGGGCUGGACCAGAAAGCCUUGCAUAUGAUUUCCAAACCCCCGAGGGAGUUCCUGAAAAACCACAUUUCCUAAAGAUAUUAAACUUUGAUAAAGAUUCAGUUACACUGUCAUGGGGGCCACCAAAGAAACCAAAUGGAAUUGUCACUGGAUACAUUUUACAAUACCAGAUAAUAAAUGAAACGGAUGAUAUCGGGCCCUUGCAUGAAGUCAAUAUUACCAACCCUUUGUCAUUCAGCUUGAGGCUUUCCAAUCUGAGCGCCAGCACAAAGUAUAAGUUCUAUGUAAAGGCCUGUACUCUACAAGGCUGCGGGAAACCUAUCACAGAAGAAGGAAUAACGAUAACCGAAGGCAGUAAAGCUGUCGGGAAGAUUUCUGAAGCAGUAAAACCCACCCCAAAGACUCAGCCUCUUGAGGCUCUUGAGCCUGGAACUGCACACACAGUUCGACUAGUGACUAAGAACUGGGUUGAUAAUAAUAGCAUUUCCGCAGAUGUAAUUGAAACGAGGGGGAGAGCUUACGCUGGGAUUUAUGAACGAAUCUCUACACAAGGCUGGUUUAUUGGACUGAUGGGCGCCAUUGCAUUGCUCACCUUAUUGCUACUCACAGUCUGUUUUGUUAAAAGAAACAAAGGAGGGAAAUAUUCAGUGAAAGAAAAAGAAGAUUUGCACCCAGAUCCUGAAGGUCAAUCCAUAAAAGAUGAAAUAUUUGGAGAAUAUAGCGACAGCGACGAGAAGCCGCUCAAGGGAAGCCUGCGGUCUCUUGACACGGACAUUAAGACGGCCGAGAGCGCUGAUAGCUUGGUAGAGUACGGAGAAGGAGACCACAGAAUGUUCAACGAAGAUGGUUCCUUCAUUGGCGCUUACACCGGAUGUAAGGAAAAAGCUUCGGUCGAAAGCAUCGGGAGUUCUACAGCAACCUUUCCUCUCCAUGCAUAAAAUAUUUGCAUGAAUGAUUCAUUUCUCAGUCACCAUAUUUAUCUUUGCUAGCCAUCAAAUAUCAUCCAAGGCAGAAACAGGCUCCAGAAAAUUCAAUAUCUCGUCAUUCAGCCUAUAAAGAAGUAGGCGUCUGACUUCAAUUU